AUGUUGUGGAUUUGGCUAGCCGGUAUCCUUGGCUUGUUUGGCCAAACGCAUGCUCUAUGGCCCCAGCCCAGUGAAUAUACGCAUGGGAAUAAAACCCUUUGGUUGUCUCCAUCCGCCCAGUUCACCUAUAAUCGAGAUAAUCGGUCUACUGUAUAUACAAGGACGGGCUAUUCAGGAGCUGGCCGGAUGUUCAGGAGCUGGUUCGAUGUGCUGCAAUACCCUCGGGACACCACACAACAAACCCUCGCAAAACCACUACCUAGUGUUGAGCAGUUUGUUGAAGAUGCUAUAAGACGUACCAAGGACGCUAUUUUUGCUAGCAAGUUUGUCCCAUGGAAAUUUUAUCCCCGUCACCAAAAGUUUGAACCUUUAGUAGAUGGUCAACAUUCCACUAUCAAGCAGAUUGUUAUCAAUGAGAGAUCCAUGAAAAGCCGGAAAUGGUUUCCCCGCAACUAUGUUAAUGGAGAUGAAAGCUACCAGAUUAGGAUUUCUGAGGAUGGGGUAGCUCAGAUCUCCUCGACAUCCCCUAUUGGCACUAUUCGUGCCCUUCAAACAUUCCAGCAGCUGUUCUAUCCCCACACUAGUUUAGUGCCUUACACCCCCUUUGCUCCAAUUUCCAUCUCGGAUUUCCCCAAAUGGCAACAUCGUGGACUGAAUCUUGACAUAUCCAGAAACGUAUUUCGACCUGAAGAGGUAAAACGUACUAUUGAUGCAAUGGCAACCGUAAAGCUAAACCGGCUUCAUAUCCACGCUGCCGACUCACAAUCCUGGCCGUUAGAUAUUCCCUCGAUCCCGGAACUAGCAGUCCAGGCGUCAUACCAUCCGAGCCAAAUAUGGUCUGCUGCUGAAUUAGAAACGGUGCAACUAUACGGACUAGAACGCGGGGUCUCAGUAUUCCUCGAGAUUGAUUUGCCUGGCCAUACUGCCGCCGUCGGACAUGCAUUCCCUGAUUUAGUUGCAGCCUUUCAUAAGGAUGACUGGGAGACAUAUGCCGCAGAACCUCCAAGCGGCCAAGUUAAACUGAAUUCCUCUGCCGUACAUCAAUUCCUUGAUCGGCUCCUGGCAGAUAUACUCCCUCGUGUCUCCCCGCUAACAGAAUACUUUCAUACUGGAGGAGAUGAAUUCAACCUCAACACCUACCUUUUGGAGCUUAACCUAGGUUCGAACGAUCGACGAGUCCUAACUCCCCUCCUCAAGAAAAUGGUCACGCGCAUCCAUAACUCACUUCGAAGUUCUGGGCUAUCCCCAAUUGUAUGGGAAGAGCUAAUCCUUGACUGGGAUCUCAACCUGCCUUCUCAGAAAACAGACGGUGAAACUGGCGGAGUCAUCGUACAAGCAUGGCGUAACUCAUCGGCAGUGAAACAUGCCCUCCAAAAAGGGUAUCGGACAAUAUUUGGGUCUGGAGACGCUUGGUACCUUGACUGUGGGGUAGGGACUUUCCUAAAUCCUCGCCCAGGCUCCAAACUUGUCCAAGAUCCGUAUCUUGACUGGUGUUCACCUACAAAGAACUGGAAGCAUAUGUACGUAUAUAACCCUCUACAGGAUAUACCAGCUGAAUUACAGCAUCUUCUUAUUGGAGGCGAAACGCAUAUGUGGUCGGAGCUGGUUGAUCCAGUCAACAUGGACCAGAUGAUCUGGCCUCGCGCGGCCGCAGCCGCAGAAGUCCUUUGGACAGGGCCGAGAUCGCCGGAGAACAUUAAGGAUGCAUCGUAUCGAUUGGCGGAAUGGAGAGAGCGAGCAGUGAUUGAGGUAGGUAUCCGUGCUGCUAUGGUCCAAAUGACAUAUUGUCUCAUGCGGGAAAGCGGGUGUGAGCUUUAA